AGCCCACAUGUAGGCUAACUGCCAACGAGCAGCUGGCGUCGGAACGCCAACGCCUGUUCGGCUCACGUCAGCCGGAGGCGACCUCUUCUUCACUACUACCACCUUUUUCUUUGAAAAAAUCUGUCUGGAAAUAAUUGGUUUUUCAAAUAUCGACUUGAUUCUGAUUUAAAGUGUGGAAGUUGGGGAGCAUUUUCGUUCCGAAAAUGACUAGACCCCUAUCCUGGUUCCUUACACCACUGCCUAUUUUGAAGCUAUGCCAGAUGGUAUGUCUUCUACUCGUUAUUGUAUUUUUUAUCGAUGGACGGAUACAAUGGGAAGCGUACACUAUGAUCUACGCCCUGGCAUUCCUUCUUGCAGCUGGUUGUUUCUUAACUUUGCUGCUCCACUACUUUGAAGUGCCCAAAUCAUCUCAACAGAUAUUUUGGUUACAGAUUGAACUGAUUUGGAACGUAUUUGGUUGCGUACUAUGUGCAGUUGGCUCAGUUCUCCUUGGAUGGGACUGGUAUCAGCUGCGAGCAGGGAGAAAUAUGCAUCAUUCGACGAUGGCUCCCAGAAACAUUGGCGAGGCACGAUGGCUCAGACGUGUCGCCAUUGUUUCGGGAUCUCUACUACUGGCUGCAGGACUCUUCUUAUUCACAAUAGCAAGAGUGAAACGAACGGGAAUCUAUUAAAAUUACGAACUGAAGUUGAGACAUCCAAGAGACACAUUUCUAUGAUCUUUCCGAUAUUGAAAAAUAAAUCUGAGA